UGGUCGGGCGGAGUGUUUGAGCUCUGAGCUCAACAUCACCGGAGCUCACUCACUCUCUGCCUCUGUGAGUGUGAGGCGGUCUCUUUUUCUCUCUCAGUCUGGACUCUGAGGGAUCGGGAUUUUCUCAACAAAAGUACACAGACCUCAGAGCCACGGGCAUUCCCUCUCCAAACACGUCGUGGAUUCGGAUUAUUACGGUCACUGAAAUCCGCUGAAGUUUAAUUUAUACCGCAACUAUAAUGAAUCUCACACGGAGAAAUGCAUCGCACCGUUUGUAGAUUAUUUUAAGGACACAUCCUAAAACCACUCGGGGUCUCGUUUUUUCCUUUCAUGGUGAAUCGGUCUAUCAAGAUGAACUUGCAGUGGAGCAGUCCGGCACAAUGCAUCCGCACCGGGAGAGUCGCGCACAAGCGACUGGACUCAGACGAUCAGCCGCCAGCCAAAUGCGCCAGGCUGAGCGCCGAGGCGGGGGACACACAGGGACUCCUCGCCUCAUCUCCCGGGUCACCGGUCAGCCCAGUCUCAAGCUCUGUCCCGGCGACCCACCAGGGGCCAUCCAGUAUAGGACCGUUUCUGCUUCUACCUCUGGCGGACCGGGAGAGCGUGCACAGCGCGAUGAACACCAACAGUGGCGAUGAGCUGCUGUGCAAGGUCUUUGAUAUGGGGGUGUACCAGGAAAAGAUCAGAGCCUACGGCAUCCUACCAGCCCACAGAAAUGUGGCCGGCGUAAGGGACAUCAUCCUUGGCGAAUACAAAGCCUACGUGUUCCUGGACAAGGACUUUGGGGACAUGCACACCUUAGUGAAGAGCUGCCGCAGGCUGGAUGAGGAGCAUGCCUGCAGGCUCUUCCGUCAGGUGGCUCUGGCUGUGACACACUGCCACCAGGCUGGCAUCGUGCUGGGGGACCUUAAACUGCGAAAGUUUGUCUUCGCUGAUGAGAAAAGGACACAGGUGAGACUAGAAAGCCUCGAGGACUGUCGUGUCCUGGAAGACCCCAGCAACGACUCCAUGUCAGACACCCACGGCUGCCCCGCCUAUGUCAGCCCAGAGAUCCUCAGUGGCACUGCGCCUUACUCAGGCAAGAUGGCCGAUAUGUGGAGCCUGGGAGUCAUGCUCUACACUAUGCUGGUUGGCCGCUACCCCUUCCACGACCCGGACCCGGCCACGCUGUUUUCCAAAAUCCGCAGAGGCCAGUGCUGUUUGCCAGAGGGCUUGUCGCCCAGGGCCAAGUGCCUGCUCCAGAGCCUGCUGAGGAAAGAACCCUGGGAGAGACUCACGGCAAACGAGCUGCUCGCUCACCCGUGGUUCCACCAGCCGCCGUCGUCGUCGCAGGAAACGGCGCUGGGUGAACAGGAAGUGAGCUCGGCAGAACAGAUGGUGCCAUCAUUUGACGUGGACGAGGAUGAUGAUCUGUUCUGCUGACAAACCUGAUUCAGCUGAGUCUGGCUGAGGGACCAAAACAGAGAUUGCUAUGAGGGAUCCAUUGUUGUUUGUUUUUUUACAUUGGCACUUUUUAGAAACCCAUUUGUGUACUGUCAAGUGUACAUACACCCUCAGGCUUUCUACAAAAACUUGCUGUACUGUAUUUUGUUGUCGUAUAUGUGUUUCUUGUUAAGGGCAUUGUUCACAAUGAUCACCCAUUGUGUUUUCAUAUGUAGGUUUUUGAAAGUAUGUGGUGCUAAAAGAAAUCAAAAGGACUCAAGAUUAUUUGACAGAUUAUGUUAAGAAAAUAAUCUAUCACAGAGAAGUAACCAAAGGCAAACGGUUGUCACCAAUGGUUGCUCUGUGCCUGGACUCACAAGGCUUCAGAAAGCAUUAGAUGAAUCCUGAACGGUAGGCGAGGGGACUUGUUGUUCCUCUCUCGGACCAGGCUGGAGGCUCUGCCGGCUGACUCACCGAUCCGGCUCGAGGAAGGCCAAGCAUGAGCUUAACGUCUCGCAACAGGCAGUGUCAUAGAGUGAGAAAGAUGCUUAGCAGGGGACUGAUUGUCACACUCAGCGGGGACGCUACGAAGGUGUCUCACUGCCCAUGCUACACGCUUUGCUCUCCAUUCGUCUAAGCGAAUGGAGAGCAUUUACAAAUCUCACACCAUGCACAGAAGGUUGAGAAAGGCAGGGUGUUACGGCGUAAAACUCACAGAAAAGUGUGAACAGUUUGUCACACACACACACACACACACACACACACACACACACACACACACACACACACACACACAACACAAACACAACACACACACACACACACACACACACACACACACACACACACACACACACACAAAUAAGUUGUGGCAAUGGCCUAUGUGGCUAUGUGCCUAAAUGGCUAACGGAGAAAGAAAGAAGUCUCAAUAAUUUCUCAUUUGUAACAGUUAAAACUAAAGCAUUUAACUUUUUAAAAACAUGCUCCAACCUGAAAACAUCAUAUAAAAUGUUGCAAAUUUGACUAUGCUCUAUCUGUUUGCCUCUUCUCAAAUGCUGUGUGUGCAAUUAGCCAAAGCUAAACGUAACACUAAUGCUUCUGGUUUAAAAUUGUAUGCUGAAAGGAACUCUGGUUUUAAAGACUUGGUCACAUGCCUUUGCAGUAACAGAUGGUUUGAUAAAUCUUACGUCUAAAGGCAUGCUACAGUAGGAUUUUAGUGGGGGGGGGAAAUAAAAAAAUACACAAAGAGAAAUCAAAUGGUACUUCCUAGUGACACAAUGCGAGUUAUCACUCAAUCCAACAAUGUUUGUCAUUUUUAAGAAAUGUGUCAAAUAUCCAGUUAAGGACCCAUCAAGUUAGAAAGAAAACUUGUUACAGAAAAAUGAAGACUUUCAGUGGAACCACUUAUGUUCAUUUCUGUUGGAACAUUUUGUCAAGCUGUGCUUCUUUGACAAAGCUGAGCUGUACUGUGCCCAUAUCACUGUGUUUCAUGAACUGAAUGGCUCUGAAUCAGUCCCAGUCAGGCGAUAUUUGAUGUUGCUUGUCUGAUGACAACUCAUUUGAGCGCGUCUAUAGAGAAAGGUCCUGACCUUGGCUGGAAGAGUCUGUCCUGACGGUUUCACCUCUUUAAAAAUGCUACUUUUUUCCUUUGACUUUUUUUUUUUUGCCGUUAAAAGCUGUGGAUCCAUGGAGACUAGUCUUCAUAGUUAGUGACAAGAUGUACCACAUUCGAAAAUGGGUUUCAGCUUAGAAUGUGACAGGCGGAUGCAGCACUAUUGUAGUUUAUGCUUACAGGCUACUGAAGAUCUGCAGCUAGCUAUUUUAUUUUGGCACAAUCCUUUUGACGAUGGUACCAAAUCGGCCAUAUCUAAGAAACGCUGUGCAUUAAAUAUUUGGGUCAUGCAUUUGACGAAUAAAACCUCUGUUCCAGUUCUUGAAUUAUGUUUUCUCUCAUCUGCUUGAGAUACCAGAUGGGAACAGACAAUCUGAAUCGUUCCUCACAGAAAAGUAAUUUAAAAGAUUUAUGAUUUUACAUGGAGUGAGUCACACAUUCAUGUGACACGUAGAGUAAACUGACACGGGUGCACAAACUUCAUAUUGCACUGUGAAUUACGUAUUUGUGACACAACCUAGAGGCUAUUACUGGUCCCGACAGGUUACACAUGAUAUAUCCAUUGUACAAAAUAUGUAAAUAUGUAUAUUUGAAAUAUGUGUGGAGAUGUUAAAUAAAGAUCACAUUUUUUCAUA